CUCAAUGGCGAGCCGUCAUUGGUGGAUUUCUAGCCACGUGAACAGCCUACGAACAGAGGCUGACGACGUCGACCACGGAUCAACGAUGGCACAGUCAGCUGCCUAAGGUCCGGUUGGCCAGUCGUAGCCAGCAAAUAGUUCUCUCUCUUCAAGGUAGACGGGUCUAGCAGCCAGGUACCAAGAUGGCGGACGAUGAGAGGAAACGUCUCGAGGAUGAAAAGAAGAGGAAACAGGCGGAGACCGACAGAAAGAGGGCGGAGGUCCGCGCCCGCCUUGAAGAGGCUUCCAAAGCCAAGAAGGCGAAGAAGGGUUUCAUGACCCCUGACAGGAAGAAGAAGCUUAGGCUGUUGUUGCGUAAGAAAGCCGCCGAGGAAUUGAAGAAAGAACAAGAGAGAAAAGCCGCAGAGAGGAGACGCAUCAUCGAGGAACGUUGUGGAAAACCGAAGAACGUCGACGACGCGAGCGAAGCUAGCGUGAAGUCCAUUCUGACCCAGUAUCAUAAGAGGAUCAUCGCUCUCGAGGGGGAAAAGUACGACCUAGAGUACGAAGUCGCCAAAAAGGAUUUCGAGAUCGCGGACUUGAACAGCCAGGUGAACGACCUUCGAGGUAAAUUCAUGAAACCUACGCUGAAGAAAGUCUCCAAGUACGAGAACAAGUUCGCCAAGCUCCAGAAGAAGGCAGCCGAGUUCAACUUCCGUAACCAGCUUAAACAGGUCAAGAAGAAGGAGUUCACCCUUGAAGAGGAGGACAAGGAGAACGCGUCAAAAGAUAAGAAGAAACCCGAUUGGUCGAAGAAGGGCGAGGAAAAGAAGGACGAACCGCCACCUCCACCAGAACCUCCAGCAGAAGCUCCUGCUCCAACUCCUUCUCCACAACCGGAACAACCACCCGCGCCAGCGCCAGCACCAGAACCUGCACCUCCAGCCCCAACACCGUCGCCAGAACCAACGGCAGCAGCACCUCCACCAGCUGAAGGUGCUCCACCAGCAGCUCCAACAGAGGGUGCUCCACCUGCAGAAGGAGCACCAGCACCUCCAGCCGAGGGCGCACCCCCAGCCGAAGGUGCACCAGCAGCUGCACCUGCGGAGGGCGCGGCACCGCCAGCGGAAGGUGCAGCACCACCAGCUGCUCCUGCGGAUGGAACAGCGCCUCCCCCAGCGGAAGGCGCUCCUGCCGCACCUCCUGCCGAAGGUGCACCUCCCGCUGAAGGCGCGCCUCCUGCCGCGGGUGCACCUCCUGCUGAAGGUGCACCACCAGCGGAAGGCGCGCCACCAGCGGAAGGAGCUCCACCAGCAGCAGGUGCGCCACCCGCGGAAGGCGCGCCCGCAGCACCACCAGCAGAAGGCGCCCCUGCACCAGCGGAAGGAGCUCCCGCAGCACCUCCAGCCGAAGGAGCUGCACCUCCUGCGGAAGGAACGCCUGCUGCAGCUGCACCUGCACCCGCACCCGCACCAGCACCAGCCGAAGGAGCUCCCCCAACUGAAGCAGCACCCGCUGCACCCCCAGCAGAGGCUGCACCAGCACCCGCGCCUGCUGAAGCUAAGGUAGUUAUGGUAGUGAGACUCACAUUGACCGUCAGGCCCAAGCGCCCGGUAAUGGGUUCAAAAUUCAUCACGUACGCACCGGCAUCGUAACUUCGUCGAAGUUGGAACGGACGAAGGGUCACCUCGCCAUAUGAUUUCCACUCGUUAACGUCUGAAUUUGCAUAAAAUCGUACACGGAUAAUCAUAGAGUACGGAUACACACGCGUCGAGCCGUAUGAUUCUCUCGGCUCGAUGGUUCACGCGUUGCUUGUCAUCGUCUUCAUUCAUCGUCAUUGUCAUCGUCGUCAUCGUAAUCAUUGUUUUUCCUCAUGUUAUGCGUCAUGCUUUACCUCGAGGAACGAAGGUAAACACGGAACGAAUAAGAAAUUUGAAAAGAAAAGCGAAAGAUAGAAAAGAGACGUCUGUCGUUCUACGUAUUUUUCUUCGUUUCUCCGUGGGGUAUUUUACGACACCUUGUCGUUCAAAGUAAAUCGAGAAUCAUCACGGGGUGCCUGACCAAUUUCGCUCGUUUUACCUAAUUAUAGGAAAAACUAAUAAUAAGCCAGUGUUUACGUUAUGAAAAAGAAAAAAAGGAUCGAAGAGCCUUGCUUGCGAUAAAAAGCGUUCGUCGUACCGUUUCUUUUUCCAUCGACCAAAAUCGAACGAUCGAAACCGGCAAGAAAUUCAUAUUUUUAUUGUAAAUAAUUAACGACCCGUUUUAUCGAACACGAAUGCAGAUAUCAUGAAAACAAUUGGAUUUCGUAAUAAAAUCAUUUCUGCGACUAUA